AACCAAACCUUGGCGUCCAAGCAAUCCCAGUUUAUUUCUACAAUACGCCUGCCUCUUUUUCUUUCUUUCUUUCUUUCUUCUUAUCCUCUCUCUCUCUCUUUGGGAUCAAGAUUCUGCAGUAGCUACAAGUGGUAACUCAAGAAAAGUUCUGUUCUUUCUGGAAGGACAAGAGAAUAUAGAAUAAAACUUCCAGUGUGUGAUGGGCAGAGAGCAAAGCUAGAGACAUGACAUGGUGCAAUAAUAACUCAGUUGAUGAAAGAGCUAUUCACUUAGUCACAGCCUGCCCAAAAGAGGACACUGUCAUCGACAACAAAAUCGAUGAACUUCGAAACAUCACCUGCCCUUCUUGUGGCCAUAAUAUCCAGAUGCAAGAUCAGGCUGCAGGUGGGAUAGUUCAUGAUUUACCAGGCCUACCAGCAGGAGUAAAGUUUGAUCCAAACGACCAAGAAAUUCUUGAACAUUUAGAAGCCAAGAUAUUGUCUGAUAUGCGAAAACUUCACCCUCUAAUUGAUGAAUUCAUCCCAACCAUUGAAGGAGAGAAUGGAAUUUGCUAUACCCAUCCUGAGAAGCUACCAGGAGUAAGCAAUGAUGGGCAAAUCAGGCACUUUUUUCACAGGCCUUCAAAGGCAUACACAACUGGAACUAGAAAACGCAGAAAAGUGCAUACUGAUGAAGACGGGAGCGAAACCAGAUGGCACAAAACAGGCAAAACAAGGCCAGUUUUCUCUGCUGGGAUUGUCAAAGGAUUCAAGAAAAUCUUGGUGCUUUACACAAACUAUGGUCGGCAACGAAAGCCUGAAAAAACAAACUGGGUUAUGCACCAAUACCAUCUAGGGCACAAUGAAGAAGAAAAAGAUGGAGAGCUAGUGGUUUCAAAAGUUUUCUACCAAACACAGCCUAGACAAUGUGGUUCUAGCAUUAAAGAUUCACUUGACCAGAGCUUGAGAAAUAGAAUUGAUCACCAUGAACACACUACUCCAAUAGCUAAGAACCCAGGUCUUGUUGAUUACUAUAAUCCAGGUCUCAUAUCUUAUGACCAUGGGAGCUAUCACAGAGAGAGCCCUCCUCAGCUAAUCCCAAAUAUGGUUGUUCCAGGUGAUGGAUCUUCUUAUUAUCGUUUAGCUGCAGAUACAAGCAAAGGGAAAAUUCAGAGAAGAUAGAGACAUUUUGGUGGGUGCUGCUGUUGUGGUGUAGCAGUCAUAUAUAUAUAUAUAUAUAUAUAUAUAUAAAUUUGUUAUUACAGUGAGAUUUUUAUUAGUUUGGUGAGGAAAUUAAAGAGAUUUGGGGAAUAAGGUGAAGUGUAUGGCCCCAUGAAAAUAUUAUUUUUCAGUUGUUAUUAAGCUGGGAAAACAAAGGUGGUGAUACUGUUACAAUGGUGAGUUGCAUUUGUAGUAGGAAGUGUACAAAGAUAACUUUUAUAAUUAAGCUUAGUUAUUAUUUGAUAGGAGAGUUUGUAAAAGCUCAAUCAUUAAUAUUUUCAUGCUCGUAAAGACCUGUUUGUUUGAAUAAAUAUCAAGCCAAGGCAAUUCAG